AUGGCUGAAUCCACCGAGAAACCCUGGCACGCGGCCUUUCCCGCCCCCCGCAAUACCGCCGCAUCCAUCACCCGCGAGGAGGUCCUGCAAUGGAUGCGUGAGGGCAAGGAGCCUGGCAAGGACUAUGUGUUGGUUGACCUCCGACGCAAUGACCACGAGGGCGGCACAAUCCGCGGGUCUCUGAACCUCCCCGCGCAGAGUCUGUAUCCGUCCCUGCCGACAGUGUAUUCGCUUCUUUCGGCAGGCGGAGUCAAAUAUAUCCUCUGGUAUUGCGUUCGAGUUAUGAUAUGGGGAACUGAUGGGUGA